AUGACGUUUCAUUUGAUUCCAGUGUCUGAAGACUUGGUGGUCCAGUUUUAUGACAAGAACAUCAGUACACAGGAGCUUCUUAUCAAACUAAAUAUGACCCGCCACAACUUUUCUGUGAACAACCUAUGCCCCUCAUCACGCUUCUCUUGUGAGACAGUCUGCCCACUGAAUGAAAGCGGCGAGGCUCGAGAAAGGAUGUUCCAGAAACCUUGUUACUGCGAUACGCUUUGUCUUGAGCUUGGUGAUUGCUGCUAUGAUUACUUCGUAAGGUACACCAAGUGGCCAGGUCAAACAUCUUGACCAUCUAUUUUUAUCUACUACUUUCAGCCAGUUUAGAUGCAUUAUUUUGACCUUUUUCAAUUUUGAAUGCACUUGUUUUUAUUCCAGAGUAUACAGAAAGCGUUCCCCAAAAUGGUGGGUACGCCAGUGGGUAGCGUUGUUCGCGAUCUCUGAUUGGCUACUCUCAUACUCAUACAUUUUCUCGUAAGUUACGAGCAAAAUGAAAACAGCCUUCCGGUUUGCUUCCGUAGCAAACGAAGGAAUUUAACAAAUAAACGAAGAAACUGUUCAGGACAAAACGAAGAAUUACGAAAAAAAUUCUGCUUGGCAGUGUUUUACAGGUAAAGAUAAUGGAGUUAACUGAAUUGUGCAAUAAUGUGACAAAACCUUAUUCGACCCUGUCUGAGUGAAUUAAAAAACAACAACAACAACAAAAACAAGAGCAAAAACAAACAAAAGAAAAACUUAGAGGAUAAAGUACUGCAGCAACUAUUUCACGUUGAUUUCAUUUUGCUUUUCCAUUUUCGCUUUUUAGAUGUGUGGAUGACAUCAUACCGAAGCGUGACCUUUCAAGGCAAGUCUGUGUUAAGACGAGCAAAAAUGGUUUUCAUGGUUACGCUUUAAUUGACAGUUGUCCGUCAGACAAUUCUGAUAGGAGUUUGGAAUCUUUGUGCUCCGUAUCUUCUUCAUCUCUCGAGUUGCCUGUCAUCGAUCUUCACGACAACAGCUUAUACAAAAACUUUUUCUGUGCCAUAUGCAAUAACGCCUAUAACCCCGUUUAUUGGAACUUCUCUGCUUCAUGUAAAGGAAAUUUCCUCCCGACAAUACUGGGAGAUAAUCCAUACAGCAGAAAAAUGAUGUUGGACUUCAUAAUUAAGAAUUGUGAUUGGGAAUUUACAGUGCCACGUAUUAGCAGUAACCUGAAGAACUGUUUAUCGGUAAAGGUCCAAUGUAAAGAAUCUGAUCCAGAAAAUUUGUUAUUAUCCAGCCUUUGUUCCUUUUAUGCCUUUCCCGUUUGUAAAGAUACUCAAAGUAAAAAUCCUCACUGUGAGAUGUGCCGCGGAAAUGACAUCAGCGAGCUUUCGUGUGUCUGCGAUCCCCCUCCCGGCUAUAUCCCUUCUGGUGCAGCUGGUCCUCCAGGACCAUCUUUGGAUAUCUUAUUUGACUUUUCCUCUCCUUCAGAUCAUACUGUUACAAUAGGAGAUAUAAAGACAAUUGUGAAGAACAAGGAAUGCAGUUAUGGUUUUCUAUUUGAUCCGCUUUCAGAGGAAUGUGUACAAAUGUAUGCACCAGAGAAUGUAGUGGGUCUUUCCGUUACUAGUAAAGGAUCCGUUGUCAGAUACAACUGCAAAGGUUCGGGCUUUGUUAAACUUGACAUAAGUUCUGUAAUUCUGUUGCCAAAUGGCUCAAUAUGGAUCCCAUUACACAAGAGAACAUAUAACAACGAAAGUUACUUUAUCAACGGUUCCAUGGUAUUUGUUUGCGUAAAUUUUACGCGAAAUUUCACAGAAACGACCAGAUUUAUAUUUAAAGAUCAAAAAUUAACUGGAAAGCAGAUUUUGACAUAUGUGGGUUGUGCCAUAUCGAUAAUUUCCUUGAUUCUUCUUCUCGGAGUUUAUAUCUUUUUUAAGGAGCUGAGAACAUUGCCUGGGAAGAAUCUGAUGAGCUUGUCAACCGCCAUGUUGUUUUAUCACACCUUCUUUUUAAUGUCUGGCCAGACUAGCCGCCCACGUCUUUGUAUGGCAGUAUCCAUUCUACUCCAUUAUUUUUUGCUGGCAACAUUUUGCUGGAUGAGUGUAAUGGCCUUUGAUGUUACUAAGACAUUUACAAAGAAAGGUAUUUAAAGGCAGAUUUCAUUGUAUACUUUCAGCUGAGUGCCGCAGUGAGAGGAUUUCCUUGACUGCACAACUGCGAGAUAGAGAAUUAAAACAAAAAAAUUCCUUAAGUAAAUGGUCUCCAAAUGUUUCAAAUCUUGCUUCCUGGGUCUUUCCUCUUCUCUUCCUGUGACGCUACUGUGAGACACUAGGAAGGAGCUGAGGCUCAAUCCAUUCAGAAACAGUAACGUCUCCACUGUUUACAAAUGCGUUUUCGAAACCAAAAUCCAUCCCUGUGCACGACGACUCUUGAGUUGCAAUACAUGAUUUCUCUUUAUUCUAUCCCCUAUUAUUUUAUCUUGUUCUGUUAGUCUAAUUUUCUCUUAUUUGAAUGUAAUAAAGAUUAAUAUUUAAUAUUUAGGGCAGGCCUCCAGCACGGCGCGCUCACGAAGCAGCAAGAUAGCCUUCAUAAAGUACCACAUUUACGCUUGGACAUGUCCCGCAAUUAUUGUAAUUACCAGCUCUGUUCUUGACACAUCGAAUGCAGUUUUUAUUGGUUAUGGUAAGUUAAAUUAUUAAUCGAUUCUACGUAGUUUGGGUCAAGGACUGCACGUCUACUCAGAUAAAUGUACCUUAGACUGCUCGUUCCCAGAGCCCAUCCUUCUUUUGAUCACAUAGUCUUUGAACGAGCGCUUUGAAAAAAAAAAAAAAAAAAAAAGAAAAGAAAAGAAAAUAUUAGAAAUGCUAUAAGUGAUAUUGAGAGCGUUCUAUUGCGAUAAUUUAAUGUUGAAACGACGAAAAACUGCAGGCAGGCGAUCGAUGAUUUUAUAUUCACUUUAGCGAACUGCACAUUCAUGGUAAAGCAUGGGCUGUGAAAAUAAAAUUCAGUAUCGUGAUACGCAAUUUCAUUUCACGGUAUAAUAGACUCGAUUAUCAGUCGGUCCAAGGACCUGUAGCUGCUAUUUUACCUUUCAAACUGGAUGCUGUGUUGUGUGUAGCUCAUUAGUUAGAGGAGGUUUCUGUAACAACGUUCUUGUAUUUCAAUCGGAUUUUAUGUAUUUAAAAAGAUACAAAAGCAUUUAAGAUACGGUGCUGAUAUUUCGGCUUCAUAAAAGACCAAUAGAAAGGCGGCCGUGACUCUGUCAAACCCAGCAUUUCCUUGAUUAAACUCGUCCAUUGUCAUUGUUCACUGUAUCGUACAAACGUCCCUACUUUAGUGACAUUUAUCUGCUUUACUCAGUGCAAAUAUUGUGCAACAGGUUUUAACUUAGGUUAAAUCAAGGGCAAAUAUGGUAAAUGCCGCAUUUGCCCACGAAUUCACAACCCCGUGUAAAUUGGUAUGCGACCUCUGCAAAUUGGUAUAACAUCUUUGUCUUUUAUUUCCUCCUCCUUUGCACCUUUUUUUUUGCACCAUAUUUACCCCGAAAAAAUUUGUGUAAAUCUAAUGUUUCGUGCAGUGUGUCGAACGCACUUGCAAAAUAAUCCUGAUUAUCGAUGGUUUUAUGAAGAAAAGGAAGAACGUGACAGCCAAGUCCCUCGCCGCUGGUCAGUUUGAGGCAAUUAUUUGUAUCUAAUAAUAAAGUAGAAUGUGAACUGGAAAAGUGUCCUCCGUUCUUUGUUUGAUCUGCGUUAAAGCUUUUACUUUCUUUAUCUUAGGCGAACGUCUCUGCUGGAUUUCUAAUGGCAAAGCACUUCUCGUUGUCCUUGGGAUACCUGUGGCUCUUUUGCUCAGUUUCAACUGCGUCGCAAUCUACAUCACACUCUUGUCCAUAUGGAAAGUCCAGAAGGUAUCAGCAUAGCUUUUGAAAGCGUUAAUAAAAUCCAUAUAGCCGAAGUCAUCCGCUGUCUUAAGGGUCGACUGAUUUUAUCCUUUUCAAAUUCGUAUUUAUAUUCAUAUUCCAGGAUGGUGAAUCCUUGAUUUCCGAGUUACGUUGAUAGUUGAGAUCUCCAAACUUUGGGAAACUGAUUAGGUUUUCAUUUAUUUCAUUUAACAAACUUUUAAUUUUCACAUAGGACUCGAUAAAAGAGUAGUAGCUUAAUUCUUAUAAUUUUUUUCCUAUUCAUUAUUCAUUCAUUUAAUAUAUAUUUUUAAUAUUGUCCUUUAAGGCUACUCGGAGGGUAACAGAUCAAAAGACCAACCUUCCAGUUUUGUAUAUCAAGCUGUCUUCUUCCUUGGGAUUCACAUGGCUGCUGGGAUUUAUUUAUCCGUUCGCCAAAGUCGAAUUUUUAGCUUAUCUGUUUGUCAUUUGCAACAGCUUGCAAGGUCAGUUCGUAAACCGAAGUAAGCAUACCUCCGUGGGAGGUACUUUAAGGAAUGUUUGGGUAGCGAAGUGCCGCUGGGACCCCGGAACCCCGGAACCCUUAGCCUAUACCAGACCUAGUUGGGCGGAAUUUUUGCUAGUCUAUAUACUGGACAGAACUCCCAAAAUCUACGCCCGUUUUGUAGUUGCUAUUUUCUUGAAAUUACUAAUUAAGUUCGACGACUUGCCAAUUUUAUCUUUCUUAGUUACAAUUCUGGUUUCCCAGGUCGAAACUAAAAUCUUCAACCAGUUGGUCAGUUUCCGGGACAAUGGGUCUAUUUAGUCCAUUCAUUUCGUGGUUGGACCAGGAACUAAUUACAACUGAAGUUUUUUCUUCACCAAUCAUUUAGAAUUAGAGUAAACGGAUGACUAAAAGACCCAAAAGAUUCGAUCAUGAGAGCACUGGGACCUUUUGCUUCCAAUAUGUGAUUAAGGAUAGUUUUCUGAGUCUAAAACUGUUAGAACAUCAUCUGUUGCAAUUAGUUCAAGCUUAACCUGCUACUUUUUGCCAUAAAAUGACUGGACCAAUUCCUAGACCCAAGCUCCCUUAUUUCUAUACCUAUUCCAAACUUAAUUGCCUGAAAAACAUACUUCUUACACCAACACAUCUGUUUAUCCCAUAUAUGAAGGUAAACCUAGGGGGGGGGGGGGGGGAGGGGAUGUCAUUUGCGGAGGAUAGAUGAUGUAAUUAUGAAGUGUCGGAUCCAGGAGAGGAGCCCAGGCCCGGGCCCCCCUUAUUUUCCAGGACCAAAUAAGGGCAGAAUUUUUUUUUUUUUUAACACCGGGCCCUCCUCUUAUCCCAGGGUGUGGAUGAACCCUCCCCCGCCCCGGCUCCCCUUAUCGGGAGGUCUGGACCCGCCACUGUUAUGGUUCAAAGACUGUGCAUCGCUUGUUUGAUUGACUUCAACAAAUGACCAAUUGUGGUAAAUUCAUCUUUCAGGGUUCUUUAUUUUCCUUGCUUUUGUCGCAAAUAAGAGAACUCUUGUUAAAAUGAAAGGUGCGUGGAGAUUGCCACCCAAGUCUGAUGGAUCAACAAACACUACCUCAAAUACUGGCAAGAAUACGACAACAAACAGAAACAAGAAUGAAGCAUUAGCUUUCACUACAGUUUUGUAAACUGGACGCUUUGCUCAUAAUUUAUAUCUUUUUUUGUUAUUUUAGCGUGGGAUACUGUGCUUAAUAACUUAAUUUCAACAUCGGUGAAGUUAUUAGGUGAAUAACUAGUUCUGCACUGCGCAUCACCUACUGGGCAUAAAACUGUGAUAUCAAAGAUGGUGACGAUUUACGAUAGCCGCCUUAAAAGGGAGGUAAAAAAGCAACAUUGAAGAUUUUAAUGGUGUAAAACGACCAUUAAUUUUUUUUUUUUUUGCUUUAUGAGCAAGCCCAACGAUUUGAUUGACCUACGUUUUGAAAUGGCGGAUGACCUCACCUGAAGAAGUUUUAUGUUCCUUUUGCGUCAGUUUUAGUCAGUGUUUCGUGGCUACAGCGUACCUUAUUCGUGCCCUUCAUAUGGGAAACUGGUAAAUAACAUUAACAUCAGUUUCGAGGUCGAGAAGGAAAACAUGAAAUUCCUGCACGGUCAGAAAUAUUGAAAAUAUUUGGAUAAAUCCUUAUUGGGCU